AUGGGUGCUCUCGACGUCCUCAAGGUCAAGUCGGGCGUCAUCUACGGCGAUGACGUGAAGGCCCUCUUCAAGUACGCUCAGGAGAAGAAGUUUGCCAUUCCCGCCAUCAACGUCACCUCCUCAUCCACCGUCGUCGCUUCCCUCGAGGCUGCCCGCGACGCCAAGGCCCCCAUCAUCCUGCAGGUCUCUCAGGGUGGUGCUGCCUACUUCGCCGGCAAGGGCGUCGACAACAAGGACCAGAACGCGUCCAUCCGUGGAUCGAUCGCUGCGGCACACUACAUCCGUGCAGUUGCUCCAGCAUACGGCAUCCCAGUCGUCCUCCACACCGACCACUGCGCGAAGAAGCUUCUGCCAUGGCUCGACGGCAUGCUCGAUGCCGAUGAGGCCUGGUUCAAGCAGCACGACGAGCCCCUGUUCUCUUCGCACAUGAUCGACCUGUCGGAAGAGGCCGUUGACGAGAACAUUGGAACCACUGCCAAGUAUCUCAAGCGUGCCGCACCAAUGAAGCAAUGGCUCGAGAUGGAGAUCGGUAUCACUGGUGGUGAAGAGGACGGUGUCAACAACGAAUCCGUGGACAACAACUCCCUCUACACCCAGCCAGAGGAUAUCUACAACAUUUACAAGACCCUCUCGCCCAUCAGCCCAUACUUCUCCAUCGCUGCCGGUUUCGGCAACGUCCACGGAGUCUACAAGCCUGGCAACGUCAAGCUCCGACCCGAGCUCCUCAGCAAGCACCAGAAGUACGUCCAGGAGCAGACCAAGUCCAAGGAUGAGAAGCCCGUCUUCCUCGUCUUCCACGGUGGUUCCGGCUCUAGCAAGCAGGACUACCUCGACGCCAUCAGCUACGGUGUCUGCAAGGUCAACCUCGACACCGACCUGCAGUACGCCUACACCGAGGGUAUCCGCGACUACAUGAUCAACAAGAAGGACUACGUCAGCUCGCAAGUCGGUAACCCAGACGGCGAGGACAAGCCCAACAAGAAGUACUACGAUCCCAGAGUGUGGGUGCGUGAGGGUGAGAAGACCAUGAGCAAGCGUAUCGCCGUGGCGCUGCAAGACUUCAACACUGCCAACCAACUGUAA